GUUACUGUUUUGCAGGACUUUUAAGGUCCUGUCUGAGAGAAAAAGUGACCAGCUAAAUCAGUUUUACUUGGGGGAAGAAACAGGACAAAUAAGAAAUUUCACUCUGGCGAGGCAUGAAAUGGCUUCUCUCCCAACAAUGAAGAACAUUCCCAAUGUUGAAAAUGCCUUUAAAGCAUCCAAGAAACACAAAAACAAGAAAAGGAAAAAGGAUAAGGGCAAAAAGCAUGUGCCUGACUUCUUGUUGCACGACGGCUGCCACGAGGCAGUGUUUACACAAAUGCAAGAGACUAAGAAAAGAAAGAAGGCAAAGAAGAAAAUCAAACCGAAGGAAGACUUUCAGCAACCUACAUUAAAUAAACAGUUCAAGCAACCUGAAGAUACGCACCAAACUCAGCCCAUCAUCUGCAUCUCCCCUGAUCAGAAAACACCAUAUUCACCUGUGAAGGAGUGUAAUAGAAGUGUGAAACGUAAAAAGAGAGUCGUUUUCAACUUGCCACCCGAGCAGAGCCAAGCUCCAAAGACAAAUGAUGAAGAAUAUGGAAAGAAGCAGCUGGUCAGUGAAAGCAGCUUGGAAUCCAACACAGCUGAAGAAAUGACCAGCCAAGACCUGUUUAUUACACAGAAAUCAUUCUUGGAUCCAUAUGUGGAGAUCUCCAGCAGCUCAAGCUCCAGUACUAAUGGGAAGGUGCCAGAGAACCUCUCAUGUAGUUUAACUGCUGAAGCAACAACUCAAACCGAAAACUUCUUCACCUUCCCGGCACUCUCCACUUCGCUCAAGUUUCAGAAGCAGCAGCAGAACACGUCCAAAAGCCUGGAGGAACCAGUAGACCUGAGCCUGCCAAACAGAACAAGACAAAUGCACGGCCCAAAACAACCCACUGUAGAUUGGGAAAAACCACCCAUGCUGAAGAUAUCAGGCACAUCGAGUGAAGACGGCGAUACGGUGCCCAAGGCCAAAGGUGAUCUGCUCCAGCUGAAGGUCAUCCAGACCCGCUUGAAUGAGUCUUUCUUUUUUAAGGUGAAGGGUGAAGAUUCUCCAAAGCCCAUGUGCCCUUUGAUGAAGCUCACGGAAAGAGUUGAGAAAAGAACGAAGAAGUAA